CGUCUCACUACGAAAAAAAAAGUUUGCGACAGACACGCUCUGCGGCAUCAGAAUACGACUGUCAUUUGGAAAUCCGGCACUGUCGUUAACGUUACCAAGACGACGACAGCACAGCGUCUCAAGUGCACAGUUUCCGAUUUGAUUGUGGAGUAGUAACUGUCACACUCACUGUCAGAAUUGUUUGGUAAAAUGCACAGUUCUGUACUGGUUUAUGAACAGCUGCGAGAUGUCAUUGAAAUACAACAACGUAUCUUGGUCGACUUUAAACAGAAGGAUGAAGAUAGGGAAGAAACCAUGGUCCCAAGAAAACAGUAUGAAGCAGUGCUGAAACAGCUUGAGGAAGAGAAAUUACGGCAUAAAGAAACUCAAAUUCUCCUUGCCAUGGAAAAUGAAAAGUCAGAGUUUGCCUCAGGUGAAAUUGAAGUUCUGAAAAAACAGCUACAAAAAGAAAGAGAGUCAUUUGAGAAAACGCUUGCCAUUGUUAAAAAAAAGGCUCUGAAGGAAUCCACAAAAAAUGACCAACUCAUAAGCCGAUAUAAUGAAAUUGAAUCUGUGGCUUUAAAACACAAAGACAUGUUAAAUGAAAAAGAGACCGAAAUAAAGAAACUUCAUCAUCGACUGAAUAAGCAGAAAGUAACUUUAAAAGUUCAGAUGACAGAUCUUCACAUACAGAAGAAACAAGAAGAUUAUAUUGCACAAAUACUUGAAAAGAAGAAAAAAACAAAAUGUGGCUCACCAAACAACUUGCUAUGAGUAAACGUUUAUAGACUGUUAGUUUUAUAAGGUAUUGCUCAGUUUGUCAUGUUUGAUUCACAGGACUAAAGCUAUUUAUUGAUUGUAUUUUUUGCUCAGUCAUUUUGUAAAAUUUUUAUUAGGGGUUUUCUUUAAAUAAAUGUUUAUGUAUUUUUAUAUUUUAGUGCACAGCGUAUGUAUGUUUGUAGCCAAAAACCUGGUACUCGAUCAUGGUACUCCGUUUUUAUGGAGUAGCUAGGACACAGCACACCUUGAGAUCUUUUUUUAAUAAGCACUCUGAAAUAAAUAUUAUAACAAACACUCACCUGAGGUAAGAUCCACCUUCUUCUGGAAUAUCCAAUUUGAUAUGGUAGUCCAACAUUUAAGGGCUAACUUUCUAGCCCAUUGCACCCUCAGGCUUGCAGCUGCCAUCUUGUUUUGGUUCCUUAGCUUUCUGUGCUCUCCUGCUUACCCCAUUAGGCGCUCUGUUUACCGAAAGUCACCUUUAUUAUGGUUGUUGAAAUGGCAUUUUUUUCUUUUUGUUGAUUUUGUACUUGAUGCCAAAGGCAAAGACUUGUUUAAUUAUUAAAUGGCUAUUGAACCAUUGGCCAUAUUUCCUACGAGGUAUUUUACAUCUGCCUAGUAAAAUGUUUGUUACUAAUUUGGUUGUGCUUUGAUAUUAUACAUACAAUUUUAAUUACCUUCAUGAAAUAUGUUGAGCCCAUUUAAUUACUAGUUUUUCAAUGGGGCAAAAUGUUGUACAGUGUA